AUGCACCCUUUCACGUCACUUCUCUUCGUGCUCGGUAACUUUGCGACUAGCUCAGCAAUCGCCACCGGUGCCACAUGCACUGGCCUGACCUCUCGCACCACUCCUCCACCUGGUGCCAUCGUCGUUGAUGCCAUGGGCGCGCAUAAGGGAAGCUUCCGGACGCUAGCGGAGGGCGUGUCAAACCUGGCCAAUACGACGGAAGAGCAGACCAUUUUCCUCUACCCGGGCGUUUAUCACGAGCAGGUGUUCAUCACACCACUCGCGGGACCUCUCGUGCUACAAGGUUACACCUGUAACACGAAAUCGCGAAGGCUCAAAGAGACAUUCCGCUCAAUGUGA